CUCACUCCCUCUGAACCAACCGCUUUAUUUAACCAGCCUGUUUCCUGUAGGCAACUUCUUUGUCAAAGAGGAAAUGACAUCGCAGCACCAAAACACUGAAAACAGAUGAGGACCAAACCUCUUUUUGACUUCGAGCAACACACAGCUCAGCCUCUGUUACAGAAAACCCAUGAGGCAAAACAAUCUGGCCAUAAAACAGCUUUUGGAACAGAGCGGUGAAAUAUGUCUGCUGGAGACAAAGAGACUCCGCGAGACACCACAGGUCAAAGUGGGUCUGCUGUUUUUUUCUCGAACCCUCUGAUGAGUGAUUUGGAAUCUGACUGGUCCCUGAUUCACGAUGCUGCCUUUAAUGGACGGGUCCUUGCUCUGCAGAGACUCAUUGCUCAGGGUACAUGUGUAAAUCUGAACACUCUGAACCAGGUUUCUCCUCUCCAUGGAGCAUGUUUACAAGGCCACGUGGCUUGCGCCAAGCUUCUGGUGGAAAAUGGGGCAAAAGUAAACAGUUCGACGGUGGAUGGACAAACGCCCCUGUCAGAAGCUUGCGCCCGGGGCCAUGUGACCUGUGUAUCGCUGCUCCUUCAACAAGGAGCAACUCCCCUGGGAACCAGCCACACCAGCUCUCCAAUCCACAGGGCAGCAGCCAAAGGUCACACAGAGUGCAUCGAGUCUCUUGUCCAGCACGGUGCAGAUGUGGAUCAGUAUAUUGACCAAUCAGGUUCCCCUCUCCACGUCGCCUGCUCCAAUCAGCAUCUGAGUUCUGUGUGUAAACUGCUUCAACUUGGCUCUCCUUUAGGUGCCAGUGUGAACAGCAGUGUGUCUGGUGACUCGCCGCUGCACAUCGCUGCCCGUCUGUCCAGUCCUGAGAUGGUGUCAGUCCUGCUUGAGCACGGGGCCGAUCACUCACUCAGGAAUUCAGAGGGCAAACAGCCGCUGGAGCUCGCACCUCCCAACAGCCCGGUGGAGAGGCUGUUGAGACAAGCAGGAGGUAACCGGAAGAAUCCUUUUACUGUCCAUCCCAGCUAUCAUUUUUGGGCACCUUGGAUUGGGCAAGGCACACGAAGGUCCAACACUGUGCUAAACACAGAGUUUUUAAAAGCUCAAGGUUCAAGAAACUCAGCAGAGGCAGAUGACAUCAAUAUUACUGAAGACAGACUCUCAAAUGAAUUGAUGAAUUUGAAGGUGGACGCAUUACAUACACUCUAAGGAAUGUGGUGUCGACUCUUGUGGUUCUAAGAUAGAUCUAAUUCUGCGCCUCAGAACUGAAAUGCAAAAUAGACAGGCCUACGACAAAGUGUUUCAGAAGAUCUGGGGAGAAUCAGGUGUUUUGGCUGCCAUCAUUUAUCCCUGCGGUGUUUUGUACAGCUUGAAGUUUAACAUCAGAGCAGAAGGCCCUAGAGACUUUGCAGAUAUGCUUCUGUCGUGGAAACAUAUGCCCAUUAUAUCAGCCUAUGACUUUGCACAAGGUCUUGUAAACCACACCAAUGUGAGAGUGCCAGAAAAUCCUCCAUUCCAGCCAAAUGAAGGCCGUCUUGCUCCUCCAACCCCUGAGAACAUACAGGCUGCCAAGGACCGAACACUGAAGAUCCACCUUCCAUGGCUUUUGGAGCCAAACACUGAAAACUUUGAAGAUGAUAGUCAUCCGGUUACCAAAUCCUCUCAACAUUAUGUCUUGUGUGACAAGCUACAUGAAGGUAACACCGAGAAUGAGGAGGACAUGCUCAGGAGAAUUGAACUUGUACCGGACCUUGCAGGUCAGCUCAACAGCCAAGUGGCUGAACAGUUCUUCGCAAAUAUCCGGAAGAACAAUUAUUUCAUUAACAAUAUGUCGCCUUCAGCUCACAUUUUUCUGGUGCGAAACGUUGUUCAUCACCACAAUGAAAAAAAAGAGAGACAAACCAUUGAGAAGAUGAAAAGAAAUGUGAGGAAUGUCAGUAUCAGUCACUGGACAUACUUGGGAAGGCAGUGGCUCAACUUAGUUGAAUUUCAAUGAUAUAUGUGCCAUCAGCAAAAGGAUGUGUAUGCAGUGGAUUGCUACAUGGUACCAACAUGGCUACCACCACAUUGUCUGGAUACCUCGUCUUUCCCCCAAUCUUUCACAGAGGAUUAAACCAGGAGAAUGGACUGUGAUCUACAGCAAGAACAUCAAAGGUCUCCCAAGACAGGAAGAUGGCAAUGCUUGUGGGAUCUUCAUGUUAAUGUAUGCUCUUUACAUUGUGCUGGGGGCAGAUUUUGACUUCACAACUGGUGACAUGGACACAAUCAGGACAUGGUGGUGCCUGUUGCUCCUGUCUGGUCAUUCAGUUGUCAGAUAAUAGCAGAUAAGGAUAAGGAGGAGGCAAAGAGGCCCAGGACAAUCCCUCCUCAACAGUCGGUUAGUGUGAAUGAAGAACCUGUUGACCUGACCAAGGAGGGGAUUCUGGAGGUCAUCAAUGUUUCUGAACUUAUAAUAAAAUAAACAUGUUAUACUCUUUCCAA